GCCUGUCAAGACGUUGAAUCAAGCUUCGUGCGGACUAUGAUUAUGGAGUUCUGGAUUUGUGGUCACCUGUAAAUCUGACACGAGACCAUAUGACGAGGGUUUGUCAGACAGCCAGCUCAGGCCAGCGGUAAAACAAGACGUACCUUUUAUCAUGGAUUCGCACGCUGGCCCAUCCCGGCCACCUACGACAUCAGAGCAAGCCUCGGAGCUACCGGCCGAUGUGCCACCACCGCCCUACGAGACUGUUUGGCAAGAUGGACAUUCCCCAAAUCAAAAUUGGGCACGGGAUGAUCCUCGGUCGUCGUCUCAGCAGUCACUCGUACCAACAUACGAUGAGCAGCUCUCACGACGAAAGUUACUCCUCAUUUACAUUCAUGGCUUCAUGGGCAAUGAGAUGAGCUUUAGAAACUUUCCGGCACAUGUCCAUAAUGUGCUGACUGUUCUCCUUGCGGAGAGCCACGUCGUGCAUACGAAGGUCUACCCUCGAUAUCGAUCGAAGAAGAACAUCACUGUGGCUCGCGAUGAUUUUAGCAGAUGGCUUGAGCCGCAUGAGAGCAGCACCACAGAUGUGGUGCUUCUCGGACAUAGCAUGGGCGGUUUACUCUCUGCAGAGAUCGUCCUUCUCGCACCACCACCGCCAGCAAAUCGGGCGUUCAAGCAUCGCAUUCUGGGGACGAUCAAUCUGGACGUGCCUUUCCUAGGGCUGCAUCCUGGCAUCGUUCGGAGUGGCCUGGCGAGCAUUUUCAAGCCUUCGGAGGAAACACAUCAGGAUAAAUAUACCGUUGACUCUGGAGAUGCUUUCUGGUCUCAGAAUGAUCCCAACUACAAUCCAAAUUUUGCUAACGACGUCACGCUUCCAGUGCGCACAGGUUGGGCGAGUGCAUGGCAUUGGGUCAACAAACACUCUGACAAUUUAACCAAAGCUGCGCAAAAUUUGGUAGCUUCACAUAUGGAGUUUGGUGGGACAAUGGCGCACUUGAAUGAGCUCAAGUCUCGUUAUGUCAAGCUACGGUCGCUUGAGGAGGAGAACGAGGCAGUGAGACGCUCGGUCGUCACAUCGACAAGCACGCCCAGCCGAGUACGGUUCAUAAAUUACUACACAGCAAGUCAUGGUCGGCCGAAGCCUGCAAAGCCAACGACCAUUAAUGAGCGGGAAGAAGAGGCUGUUGAACGUCAAGAGGUUGCGAAUAUCUCAGAAGGUCUUCUCGUGUCCACCAAUGGCCCAAACGCCAGCGAUGGGGCUGCAGGCACGAGUUCCGCGGUCCUCGAGACAUCUAACGACCAACCCAACAAUAACCGUUCGCCAAACCCGCAUACAGAAUCAGAGAGCAGCAGUAUACAGAGCCAUCUACUACCUUUGCCUGAACUUCCUACUGCACCGCCAGCUCUAGACUUGAGCUUCAUUCAAGACAAAGAGACUCGGAAAUUAGUCGAAAAGGAGCACAGCCGGGCUGUCAAGGCCUACGAGAAAGCGUUGAAAGAUCGCGAAGCAGCCGUAAAGGAACGCGAGAAGCUCGAAGAGAAGCGCGUGCGUAAGGAGAAGAAGGAAGCCGAGGAGGCCGCCAAAAGGGUCGCAAAGGAGACCCAAGAGGCUGCGAAGAAAGCGGCAAAAGCAGCCUCCAAGAAGGCGGAAUCCGAGAUGACGCAUUCCGAGAGAGAACACCUCCGUUUGAAAAAAGAGCGAUUGCGAAUGGAGGCGGAAGGCCGGCGAAUGCGCGGCGAGAAAGAGCCAGACCCAGAAUCCGACGACCACGAUGCGCCCGAGCGGGUGACAUCUCCCGCAGUGGCUCCCUCUCGCCCUUCGAUAAACGAUGUUUCCACAGCGACUUCGUCCCUUUCGCUACAACCAACGCCAUCAGCGUCCAGCGCCAGGUCUCACGGCAAGAGGCCAAGUCUAGCAUCGGCAGAAUCUUCGGCUUCUGGGAAAAAGGACAAAGGUCCACCCAAAGAUCGUAAAUUCUGCAGCCUUCCACCCAAAGACUCACACGGUCAACGCGAUCCUUGCUGGGUCCGAGUGUUCAUGGAGGGUGUCGAUGAGGUUGGGGCGCAUUGCGGAUUGUUCUUUAUUGAUGAAAGAUACGAGCGGAUGGUUGGCGAAAUUGCAGAGACGGUGGAAAGAUGGGUGCAUGAGGAUCGUGGAGAGGCUUUUGUCGCGGACCAGAAGCAGUAGCGAGCGCCCUUUGUUCUUGCUAGCCAUAGGAAUGCGCUGCAUGACUGAAUAGCACGUUGCGAA